AUGGGCCUGAGCUCUUCCAAGACACACCCCAAGGUGACCACGGUGGCACCGAUGCGCGCCAGGGAGGACCUGCCCGCUCUCGCCGCCCCAUACCGGCUCCCCGGCGUGCCGGGAGAGCCCAGCCUGCACCCACCGGCCUGGGGGAGGGGAAAACCCACGUUUCACCAGCAACUUCCACCUCUCCGGGAGACCUGGUACGGGAGAGCCUCUGCAGGGCCCCUUUCGUUCAACACCGUUCCGGAAAAGGGAGAAACCAGCAUCAUUAAACAGCACCCGCCACGAAGACCUCAAAGGCUUGAACCCGCUGGCCCUCCGCAAGCCAUCGCUCCUGCAAAGCCCUGGAGUCAGCAAGAAGUGGCUGCAAUCCCAAAAACGAAGGCUCUGGAGAAGAGGGGGCAAAGCCUGAGACACCUCCCUGGCAGGCGGCAGCACUUGCACAAGCUGCAGAUGCUGGACUUGACCCGCAGGCGCCGAGAGGCAGAGCUGAAGCGAAAUCUCCACAGGGAGGCAAAAAUCAAUAAACAAAAAAUCAAGGAAUUCAGCCCAAAGAAAGUCCUUGACACUCCCCAGAGAGGUGACAGCGCCGAAAGCCGAGACCUCGUCCCUGCUGAGCACAAUCAACGUUUUCAUGGAGACGACCGUGGAAACACAUGGGGUAGAGGACUCUCCAGGCAGCAUGAUGGGUCUGAACUUGCUCCAGGCAAGAGCAGGAAGGUUGACCUGUGGUUCUGCAGGGAGUCGCGGACGAGGGAUCUGUUCUGGGACACCUCCAGCACGGGUUCCGAGGAGUGGGAAAGGGAAGAGAAGAAGAUUUACCGCAAGCCUACGCUUGUGAGAACCAAGACAGAGAGAGUUUCUCUCUUCGAUGACUUCUUUGAUGAGGAUUUCUAAUAGCAUGGCUUGGGGUGAGAGGGAUGUGCUGAAGAAACAAGCCACAGCUCUGGUGGGGCUGAAACCCCCCUGGGUGGAUGGACU